GGAGGUGGGCCGGUCAAGACAGAGAUCGACCUAAUAACAGACAAAACAAUUCAGAUAAACGAGGAGCGAGAAUCGUGGAGCGAGAUUCCGGGAGCGGAUACUCAUGGUCGGCGUGAUGUCACAGUCACGUGAUUGUGCUUAGUUACGCGACGCGCCUGGUGGCGAAGGGGAAAACAAAGGCCGCUGCAUGCAUGAUUACACACGUAGCGUUGGUAAACAUUCUAUCUUUGUGAAACAUACUUGGUCAUCCCUCGCUUAGUUUUGGUUGAGUUAUUGAACAUCCUACUGUUUGCAAUGUCCUAUCAGUAUACAGAAGGUUUGCCAGGUGAGGCAUUGGCCAGAUAUCGAGCAAAACUUCAGUUAGUGGGGCUUGAUUCUUGUCCAUACCAGCACCCUGCUGACUCGUGGAGUGUCAACCCGAACGAAUGGCCUAGAGUGGAGUACCCAGACGUUUACACAUACCUUGUCAGGACACCAGGAGUGUUCACGCAAGAGGCCAUGAAGAACUACCGCUCACUUGAUGCUCACAAGUUCUUCGUCUCUGGGUGGGUUCAGACUGUCUUGCACAAAAAAGUUGGAGGCAACCAUGUCCUGUUUAAAGCUGACGUCAAGCCAUCAUGGAGGGUGACAGAGGAGCCGCAUCAUCCUUGGGUUGCAGUUAAAACAGACGGUGCAGUUGUCACAGCGCAUUGUGACUGCAUGGCUGGACUCGGAGAAAGCUGCUCCCACGUCGGCGCCUUACUUCUGAAGGUCGAAGCAGCCGUGAGGUUAGGGUACACGAGUUCAGCCUGCACGGAUGAAAUAUGCCAGUGGAAUGCUUGCUUUGUGUCGAAGGUGACAGGCGCUCCUGUUAGUGAAAUCAAUUUCUAUACAGAGAAGGCCAAGGAGAGGCUCCACAAGUCUAAGUGCAAGGCAAAAGAAGAGCCAUCACCAUCUACGGAGCAAGAACGAGAUCAUUUUAUGAGCUCCAUUGCUGACUCUGGUGUAGUAGGACUAUCAGGCUUCACUAGCCACUCGGACAAAUUUGUGCCUACAACAGCAGCACCUAGCACAGACAAAUUGCCUCAAACUCUGCGGAAGCUCUAUGAUGUGAAGCACAGUGAACUGUGCGAAGCUGAAUUCAAGGAGCUGUGCAGAACGAAGGGUGAUUUGCACAUCACUCUCGCCCAAGUGCGGUACGUCGAGGAGGUAACACGUGCUCAGGCAUCCUCACUCGUCUGGCAUGAUCAACGCGCCGGCAGAAUCAUAUCAUCAACAGCACUGCACACCAGCACAUCUCGUCCAGCACCGUCACUCGUCAAGAAAAUUUGCACUGCACAGCCAGUCCCACUUCGUGCUCCAGCUGUUCAGUGGGGGAGAGAACAUGAGGACACUGCAUUUCAACAGUACACAUCAUCACACAGAGGAUCACACACACGUUGCACUACAUCGAAGGCAGGAUUCACCAUAGCACAAACACAUCCAUUCCUUGGAGCAUCGCCCGAUGGAAUUGUUAAUUGUAGCUGUUGUGGUGAAGGCCUUAUUGAAAUUAAGUGCCCGUACAUCUAUCGGGAUGUAACCGUCGCCGAUGCGACUGAGGAUAGCAAGUUUUGUUUGGGUGCAGACAUGAAAAUUAAAGUAAACCACCCUUACUAUACACAGAUGCAAAUGCAGAUGUUUGUAACGAAUAUGAUUUAUUGCGACCUGGUUGUGUGGACAACAUUGUCAUGCCAUGUAGAGCGGGUAGACCGGGAUGAGGACUUCAUCAAUGCGAUGGUGGUCAAGCUAGCAGACAUUUGGCAGUCGGCUAUUAUGCCCGAGUUACUAACUCGAGCUCUAGAACUACAUCUCAACCUUCCAGGACCGUCAACUUUGGUUCAGCCCCAGACCAACCAAAUACUGUUCUGUAUUUGCCGCAGUCCGGAUGUGUCGGACGACAUGGUGGCAUGCGACAGCUGCGAUGAAUGGUUUCACCUAAAGUGCUUAAAACUAUCCCGCCUCCCAAAAGCAAAUAAAUGGUAUUGUAAAAACUGUAAGGUGAUACACAAGAAAGGUGGUAAAGGGAAAGCAGUGUGAUUUAACAUUUUUGGAACGGAAUCGGGCCGGGACUUGGUUAAGUCAUAGUAUACGAUUCUAUAGUAUCAUCAAUGUAGCCGAAGGCAGCUAUUUCGCGAGUGACUAUAUUAGUUACGUUAAUUGUGCUGUUGUGUGCUUGUGCUUAUGUGUGCAUCAUAUAAGCAAGCUCGUAGUUAAUGUACAACUGAUAUGCUGAACACUCAUAGGAACGUGUGUAAAUUUGGAUGUAGUUCACAACUUGUUAUAAUAAUAAUUUCAUGACUUUAUGACGUGUAUGAAACUGUAGCGUAUGUUUGGCAGUAUGAGCGUGAGAUUUGUAAAUAAUAACAAUACGGCUGAACGCAA